AUGUCCGCAUUCCUCUGCUUGUUCUUUCUACUUUUAUUUUCAUGCAGACAAUCCACUAAUGCCCAGAAUGCCACCACUGAUCCUUCUGAAGUGAGGGCAUUGAACUCAAUCUUCCAACAAUGGGAUGCACAAGCAGCAGAUUCAUGGAACACAAGUGGAGAGCCAUGCACUGGAACUGCUCUCAUCCAAAGUGUUUCUGUGUUCGAGGAUCCUCUCAAUAACCCCGCUAUCACAUGCGACUGUUCUUUCAACCGUGCCACCGUUUGCCACAUUACUCGACUGAGGGUAUAUGCUCUAAAUAAACAAGGAGGGAUGCCAAGGGAGCUUUUGGAUUUGCCUUUUCUGACAUUGUUGAAUAUUGAUCAAAACUACUUCUCUGGUCCCUUGCCAACAUUCAUUGGAAAUAUGUCCAGAUUAGAGUCACUGUCAAUCGCCCACAACAAUUUCUCUGGACCCAUUCCAAAGGAGCUUGGAAACCUUCACCAGCUAUCUAAGCUGUCUAUAGGUAAUAAUAAUUUCUCUGGAGUAUUGCCCCCAGUACUUGGUAAUUUAGUCAACCUUGAAGAACUAUAUAUUGACAGUUCUGGAUUGGGUGGUGAGAUUCCCCCAACAUUUGCUAACCUUGAUAAGCUGCAAAAAGUAAUUGUAAGUCAUGAAAACAUGUUGGUUAAUCUGCAAGACUCAGAAGGAUAUAACUUUUGCCCUGAUUUUUUUUAUCAAUCUGUCAAAUGUUUAUGCAGGAGAUUUCAAGGGAACUCAUUUGAAGGACCAAUACCAUCCAGUCUUGCCAAUUUAACUUCAUUGACUACUUUGCGAAUCGGAGAUAUAUACAAUGGGAGUUCUUCUCUUGAUUUCAUUAGAAAUCUAAAGGGCUUGAAUGACUUGGUUCUAAGAAAUGUCAUGCUCAAUGGUAUUUUUCCAUCUUACAUCACUGAAUUACAAUCUUUACAAAAGCUGGAUUUGAGUUUCAACAACUUAACAGGCACAAUUCCAACUGCUUUGUUCACUAUGAAUUCUCUCCAAGACUUGUUUCUUGGAAGUAACAGUCUAUCAGGUUCCAUUCCCAGCCAAAAGAGUGACUCUCUUCGGACCAUAGAUUUAUCGUACAAUUUUCUAUCAGGGGACUUGCCUUCUUGGAUAAACUCAGGCUUACAACUAAACCUUGUGGCCAACAACUUCUCAUUUAACAGCUCAAGCAAAAGGCUUUUACCAGGAUUAGAAUGCCUUCAAAGAAGCUUCCCGUGCAAUCGAAAUUCUCCACGAUAUGCGAACUUCUCGAUCAAGUGUGGCGGACGAGAGAUGACGUCUAAUGGGAUACUGUUCGAUGCUGAAAACAGCACUCUCGGCGCUGCAGCUUUUAACAUGAUCGCCACGCAGAAAUGGGCGGUUAGCAAUGUAGGCUUGUUUGCAGAUAGAAAAAAUCAACAGUAUGUGCAAAACACCUUAUCACAAAUAAGGAGGACCAACACUCCAGAGCUCUAUCAGACUUCAAGGCUAUCCCCUGGGUCACUCAGAUACUAUGGCCUAGGCCUUCAAAAUGGACACUAUACCGUAAGAUUGUUCUUUGCAGAGACAGCUUUCCCGGAGCGUGCCUCGCGGUCCUGGGAGAGCCAGGGAAGACGUGUUUUCGACGUCUAUAUUCAGGGAACACGUCAAUUAAGGGAUUUCGAUAUAUCGAAGUGGGCUGGCGGUGUUUUAAGAGCAAUAACUAUGGAUUUCCCUGUUAAUGUAACUGAGAAUCACCUUGAAGUUCACCUGUUUUGGGCUGGUAAGGGGACUUGCUGCACACCAGAGCAAGGUUAUUAUGGUCCAUCCGUUUCGGCCAUUAGCGCUACUCCAAACUUCACACCAAAUGUCAGUGGGAUACCGCCUGGAAAUCCUAAAGAGAAGAACCACACAGCAUUGAUUGCUGGUGUUACAGUUUCUGUUGUAGCAUUGGCUUUGAUACUCAUAUUUUCAAUUAUAUAUAUGAAGAAAAUAACAGAAGACGACGACGAGGAAUUGCUUCUUGGCAUCAACCCUAGACCAAACACAUUUAGUUAUUCCGAGUUAAAAGCUUCGACCAACAACUUCAGUCCUUCGAACAAGUUAGGAGAAGGGGGGUUCGGACCUGUAUACAAGGGUACACUUCCUGAUGGCAGAGUUGUAGCUGUGAAGCAACUUUCCGUAGCAACAAAAUAUGGGAAAGAACAAUUUUUUACUGAGAUUGCUACCAUAUCAGCUGUGCAGCAUCGUAAUCUUGUCAAACUAUGUGGAUGUUGCAUUGCAGGAAACCGACGCCUCCUCGUUUAUGAGUAUCUUGAGAACAAAAGUCUUGAUCAAACACUCUUUGGACAAAAUGACUUGCAUCUUGAUUGGUCAAGCCGCUUCAAUAUCUGCUUAUCAACAGCAAGAGGGCUAGCUUAUCUUCACGAAGAGUCAAGGCCGAGGUUUGUUCAUAGGGAUGUCAAGGCAAGCAAUAUUCUGCUCGAUGCAGAGCUCUGUCCGAAGAUAUCUGAUUUCGGAUUGGCAAAACUUUACGAUGACAAGAAAACACACAUCACCACUCGUGCUGCUGGAACAAUCGGUUACCUGGCACCGGAGUAUGCGAUGCGCGGCCAUCUUACGGAGAAAGUAGAUGUCUUCAGCUUCGGUGUUGUUGCCUUGGAGAUUAUAAGUGGUAGACCAAACUGUGAUAACACCUUAGAAAAUGACAGAAUUUAUCUUCUUGAAAGGGCUUGGACCUUGUAUGAAAAUAACCAACUUUUGAGCCUGAUUGAUCCGACAUUAGUGGAGUUCGAAGAAAACGAAGCUCUCCGAGUGAUGAGGGUAGCGCUUUUAUGCACUCAGACGUCGCCGUCGAUGCGACCGUCCAUGUCCCGUGUUGUCGGUAUGCUGGCGGGAGAUAGUGAAGUGAGCAAUGUUACAGCAAAACCAAGUUAUGUAACUGACUGGGUUUACAAGGACAUAACAAGCAACUUCAUGAAUGAAGAAGAAUCAGAAACAUGGGAUCAUAGCAACAGUGGCAUCAAAAGCAAGAACAAGACCAGUGCAGAUGAUCAACCAAUACUGUCACCAGUGAACAUUACCGAAUUCAGGGAGAGCAUUGGAGAAGGAAGGUGAGAGUUGUUGUUCCAUCCCUUAGUGGCGAGUUCCCUGAUAAAUCAUUAUAGCGAUAAAGAAUUGUACGUGUGAAAUUAUGAGAACAUAAUUGUGUUUAUCGACGAGCAAGGUGCACUCUUUUUCUCCACUAGGUAUAGGAAGGUUUUUUAUUGAAGCCCAUAUCCCUUGUCUUGUCUUGUAUAUUUUAUCAUGGAAGAAUGACAUACAAACUACCUUUUUUAAAAAAAAAUAUGAACAUAAUUGUGAUCAUGAA